AUGUCAACAUGUCAGUCCGACAAUUUCCGAAGCAAUGCUAACCAGAUCAGUUUGAUUGAUAAAAUAAAAAGUUUGUUGCAGCGUCUGUUGAAACAAAGCGAAGUUGUUGCUCUUGUGACGCAGAAUAGGCAUCAAGCAAGCAGCUUAACGUGUAUGAUGGAGAUUUCGACAAUUCUCAUUUGGAUUUUUAUUGAAAUAAUUCUUUACUUUUGGUUCCUUUUUUUGGCCAUCGAUAUGCAACAUACAUCUUUAACAGUCAUCAACGUCAGUACGGAAGCUCAUCAUCAGCCUAUUCAACAACAGGUUUACUAAGAAAUUUAGCACAACUACCCUACGAUCGAUAUCGUAACGAUCACAUAUUUCUACUCAAUAAUUUGAGAAGGGAAUGAUAAAAAAAAGAGUGUCAAGUGUAAACACAAGAAAAAAGAAAAAAACUAUUGAAAAAGGAGAUAAAUUACAAUUAAAUAUUGAGAAAAGAAACAAUCUUAUAAAAUUAGAAGAAAAAAAUUGAAAUUCAAUUAGAACCAGAUAACAAUAUUUUUUCUAGAAAAGAAAAAAGAAAAAAAUAGUAAACAAAAAACAAACAAAGUGUCACUAAGCGAUCAUGUUUUCAUUUCAUAAGCCGAAGGUUUAUCGGAGUACAGCGGGAUGUUGUAUUUGUAAAGCAAAGUCUUCAAGUUCAAGAUUCACCGAUUCCAAGAAGUACGAGACAGACUUCAUUCAAUGUUUUCAAUUGGAAACACCAAGACGUGGUGAGAUUUGCAAUGCUUGCGUGCUUUUAGUGAAACGUUUUAAGCGUCUGCCACCUGGAAGUAAUCGUCAUUGGGGUCAUGUCGUUGAUGCACGCACUGGUCCGGGUUUGAAAUCGAUGACAAAGUUUAAGAAGCGAAAGGAAGAACAAGAAGCAGGCGAGAAAGGAACAACGACAACAUCAUCAGUUGCAGAGCGAUUAAGUAAAUUGUUCAAGAAAGGAAAGAAGAAGGAGAAGAGUUACAAGAAGGAAACAUCAUCACUUGGUGGAUCGUCAGAUGAUUCACCACCAUCACCAACUGAAUCGCAACAUAGCGACGAUUACGAUGAAACAAUUUUUGGUAAGAAGUUCUUCAAUUAUGCAACGCGUGCAAAUCAAAAACGUCAGAAAGUGAUUGCGAAGCAACGUAUGCGUCGGAAGAAUCCGCGACCGACGAAAAACCUUCAAAAUCGCUUUCCUGCUAAUCAUUUCAACUUAUUUGUCGAUGUGAUUAAUGAUGAUCAAUGGCGACAACGUGAAACAUGUUGUGGCAUUGUUUAUGAGUGUGCUGAACUUCAAGCAAUUAUUGUCGAUGCGUCAUCAUUUAAACCAUGCAUUCAACAUUGUUCAGCGUCAAGUAAAAGAUGCGAUGACGAAGAACAAUCUGAAAAUUCAAUGACAACUACGAAAGCUUCCGAUUCGAAUCAACCAACAGCUAUUAAGAAGCAUCAGUUGUUUCUUAAACGUCACGAGCAACCGUCACCUUCUGGUGUUGUCACCGCCACCACAUCAAGUGAACACGUAAUAAGUAGUUGUAGUGUAAUGGAAUCUAGCAAUAGAAACAAGACUGAGCUAAUGGAAACUGACGAAUUGAUGAAGCCAUUUGACAAACUGAGACGGUUAAACGACAUCAAAAUGGGUUUACCAGAUGAAGUGGCGACUGAAACUGUCAUCAAUGAAAAUGCCUUUGAAUCGAAGAAAGACAGCAACAAUCAUAACGGUGGCGUUAAACUUCUCCACAAACUCAACAGUGAAUCGGUAAAGAUUUCGAAACCAUCAACACUCUUCAACAAUCCACUUUCAGCAUCAUUAAAGUUUAAAUUGGCAAAUAUUGUCAAAUGUGGGACAUUGGGUAAUGAUAAUUCAUCAGAUUCUGGUUAUGAAGAGGUUCAAGAUGGAAGUAAGUUGAUGAUCGCUCAAAUGCCACCACCCGAUGUCAUGCAAUCACUUUGAGUUUCAUAAAUUUCUGUGCACUGCAAUCAUUCAAAUUCAAUCACAGAAUAUUGUGCGAGUGUUGUCAUGUGAAUAGUGAAAAUUUGUUGUUAUUGGUUUUUUUAUUUCCUUUCAUGAAAUUUAAAAGCGACAAAAUAUCACGCACAGUAUCAAGAAAAACAAAACUAUAAAAAGAAAAAGAGAAACGAACCAAAACCUUUCUUAUAAAAGAAAUGAAAAACAGAAAAAUCAAAACUUCAAAGUCUUUUUUUCUUAAUUAAAUGUAGAACAAAAGUUAAGAUUAUGUGAAUGACCGAAUGAAUCACAACCUCUAUAAGUAAACUGCCAGGAUCACAUUGUUACAGGAAUAUUUAUUAUUUUUUUCUUCACAAUCUUUCUGAAAGAAAAAGAAUAACUUUUCUCAUGAAUUCAGAGUGAAUCGUCAAUAUCAAUGAUCAUUUACUCUGUCGUGAUGUGCAGUGAGCGAUUAUUUCAAAUCUGGCAAAUAAGAAACUUUAAUAAGUGGAAACAUGUAAUUGAAUGCAUUCAUGAAAGUCGACUUUUAAUCUGUAAAAUUAAGGAUAAAAAAUAAUUUAAAGAAAACCCUUAGAUUAAUGUGACAUUUAUUAUGCUGACAAUUUCACCAUCCAAUACAAAUUAUUUGAUGAAUUGUGCAAUUUGCCGAGAAAUGAAAUGUUUAAUUCCUGAAAUUAAGCUUUUCUUUGAUAAUGAAAAAUUUAAAUAAAUUAUAACUUUCUCGGGUGAUUCCAAUAAUUCUUAAAUUAAGAGAAAAAUGAAAGUUUAAUUGUCAGCAUGGAACGAUGAACUUGUAAAAUUAAGGCCAAAAACAUUUAAUUAAAUGAGAAGACUCUUUGAAAACUGAGCUUUUCGUUUGAAACUUUCUUUGAUACUGCUAACCAACUCUUAUUAGCUUUUUAAGGACAAAAGAAAAGAAAAAUCGUGGAGCUGUUUUUAGUUGCUUGCCAUCGUCAAUUUAUGGUGGUGAAGCUUUAUAACUAAUCAGUAUUUUAUAUCACAAAUAAAACUGAACUCUGAGUUUAUAAUUAUAAGAGAAUCUCUUGGAUAGAAAGAAUAUUUUUGUAAAAUAAUUGUGGCAUGAACAGAGAAAGAUUUUUCGUUUACUUUUCUAUUGUUUUGUACUUUCGAAUGGGAACAAAAUAUUUACGGCUUGACUGAUAGAUUCCUGUAUCUUGACUUUCAUCACCUUGUUAAUUUUUAAAUUAAAGAUAAAAGACUUUUUUUAUUUCUUCAAAUAAAUUUAUAGAUAACUGAAUAAUAUAAAUUGUUCAUUGAAACAAAGUAUCUUGAUGAUAACUGUUGAUGGACGUUCAGCAUGCAAACAUAAAUAUUUAAAAUUAUCACCACCUAGGUCAAAUUUUUAUUUUUUAUUUGAUUAAAAAGAAAUACAAAAAACCGCAAAUAUCGCCACUAUUUUACUAUUUCUCUCUUAUUUAUUGAUAAUAGAAUUCUUAGAAUUAGCUUAAUUAAAUUUAUUUCAUACUUUAAUUCAUCAUUCAUGCAUUAAUGAAAGGAUAUCACUUUGAUUAUAUUAAUUUUCAUUAAGAUAGACAAAUUACGAUUAAUGAUUGAAAUGAAAUGAAGGAAGAAACACAAUUUUUACAAAAGAAGAAAAAAAUUUAAAAAUAUGGAAUAAAAACUAUAAGAUAUUUUUAGUGGAUAACUCAACAUUUAUUUGUAAUUAUAUUAAAAGAAAGUGUCGAUAACUUAAGGUUGUCCAAUCACAGAGAAAAAUAAGAUAAAUAAUAGCAUAAUUGUUUAGACAAAAGAAAGAAAAAAACAUACAAAACAAAAACAUUUUUUGCAAGGUUUAAAUAAAAUGUGAAACUGAAUUGGGAAUUUUGCAAUCAUUGAUUAAACAAAAUAAAAGAUGCAGGGCUCUGAAACUUUAAGACGAAAUAUUUAAACAUACAUAUACUCCUCGAUAGCAGGAUAUCAGAAUCUUAUAUUGUUACUCUAAGAUUUUCAGAUCCCUGAUUAGAAUUUUUUUUCUCAAAUGAAAUUAAAAAGAAAAAAAGUUUUCAUUGUCGCCAAGAAAUCAUUCCAAAUAUAUUUUCUCUUCUCAACGAUAACAAUCAAUAAAAAUGUUAGAUUUUUUAUAUGUUUUUGUGAUGAAAAAAAAAAAAUAAGAAAAAAAGAAAACUCCUCUAACCGUGAAAAUAUAUUAAAUGAAAAUUCAUUUUGAUAAAUCAAAGAGAAGAAAAUGGAUGAAAUUUAUUCACCUAUUUAUAAAAAUGAUCGAUGCAAAAAUUGCAAGAGACAUAAAGAAAAAGAAAACAAGAUCAGAUCAGCGAGGAGUUGAACUUUACUCACUCCCACACACAACCAACACAUAUAACAUUUUCAAAUUCAAGUUGUAAUUUAAGAACAUUUGCAUCAUGUGUUUAGCCGAAUAUCAAAUAAGAAAAGAAUGCAAUAUUUAAUCAGUAAUCAAUGAAAAAUAUUUCUUUUCGUGAAUGUUUAACUGAUUCAUCUCUGUAUGUAAUUAAAGGACAAUUAUGUUUUAUAUUACCUGAUGAAAGCAUGAAAGCAACCAGACGUGAAGCAUUCAAGGAAAUUUUCCUUUUUUUGAGAAAAAUAAAAAUACAAAAUUAACGUA